AUGCAGGCCCAAGGCAAUGGCGCCGACCCGCAUACAGCUACGGCGCCAACUGGAGGCCGUCGACAAUCUUCGGACGAACGUGCCCUCGCAGCUGGAGUCGGCGGGGUUGAGCAAAGCGGGAACGGAACGGGAGUUCCCUCGCCUCACCACAAGUCUCCAAACCGGGAAUUUGUAGCCGGUGAAAGCAGCCAGCGCGGGCUGGAAAACGUCAACUCAGGACGUCCCAGCACGAGGUUUGGUAUGAUGUCGUUUUCAGGAGUCGGUGAGCUUUCUGCAGUCAAAACAGUUCCGGCUGCUGUGGACCUCAAGACAAGCUUGGUCGUCUGA